AUGGUGUUUGCAUUGGCUUCGCGCACACUCCGCUCUUCAAGCUACCGCCCAGCCCUUUCCCAACUGGCUGGUGCGCGUCGUGGAUAUGCUGAGGCUGUGAGUGAUAAGCUGAAGCUAAGCUUCGUGCUGCCACACUCGGCUUUGUACAAUGCCCAGGAGGUCACACAAGUAAACGUGCCAGCAAUUUCGGGUGACCUUGGUAUCCUGUCGGCUCACGUUCCGACAGUUGAGCAGAUCCGCCCUGGCGUGUUGGAAGUUAUCGAGUCGUCGGGCACGAGCAAGAAGUUCUUCGUUUCGAGCGGCUUCGCUACGAUUCACCCGGACAACCACUUGACUGUGAACACAAUUGAGGCAUACACGCUGGACAAGUUCUCACAAGAGUCUGUGCGCCAAGGUCUGGCCGAAGCGCAGCGUGUCGCCUCUGGCAAUGGCUCGCCCGAGGAGAAGGCAGCUGCUGAGAUUGAAGUCGAAGUCUUCUCUGCGAUUCAAGCCGCUCUCUCGCAGCAGUAA